AUGGUAGCUCAAGCCCUUAUAACCCUUCAAUGGGACCGACUUCCUGAUCAUUUUGACUGCAAGCCAGUGGUUUUGACAGGUCUAUUGGCCUCCAUGUUCCUGUUUGGACUUUCAAAAAACCUUCACCGUUAUGUAUCGUGCAGAGCACCAAACAGCAACAGUGGUAUCACCAAGAGUAUGAUGAUAGAUACCACAGAUUCCAGCAACCGAGCUUAG